AAGGACAAACAGACAGAGGUGGAGAAAACGAAAGGGGGACAUAAAGGACUACUUACCGAUAAUUUAAGAAAUAAAAAAAUAACCUGUUCAGUGUCUGGAAGGAGUGAAAGAUAGUAGUGAUGUCUGCGUUUGGGGUACUGACCCGCCGGGCUUUCUCUGCUGCUGCGUCGCAUGGAAGCCACGAGGGGGGAGCCAAGACCUGGAAAAUCCUGUCCUUUGUGUUGGCUCUUCCUGGCGUGGCUGUCUGUAUGGUCAAUGCGUACAUGAAGCAACAAGCUCAUUCCCAUGACCCACCGGAGUUUGUCCCUUACCCACACCUGCGUAUCCGCACCAAGCCGUGGCCCUGGGGCGAUGGAAACCACUCACUUUUCCACAACCCUCACACCAAUCCACUGCCCACCGGGUACGAGGGGGGUCACCACUAAUGACGGCAGAGUCCCUCUCUGACCGUGGCUCAGUUCUCAGUCCCAGCGCCGUAUACGUGAGGGUUCAUAAACGUCUGAACUGAGACUGUGUAAACUGUAUCUACCAAAAUAAACUGUUUUUACUGUGAACCAG